AAUAUGACAACUCACAACAAGUUAAGAGUUCCUUCUACAAAUGAAAUAGAUAGGACCAUUACAUAGCCUACAAAGAACCAAAAAUGAAAAAGAUAGUAAACAAAACACCACACGUUUUCUAGUAUCAUAAGUCAUCACUAUGAUUCUUCCAACACAAGUUCCUAUAACGUGAAAGAAUUAACCUUGACAUAGUUUCUUAUAUAGCUAUAGUCAUUCUAUAUAUAUAGAUAUUCUGCAGCCAAUUCAGUUUCACCAAGUUUUUUAUUAUGAUGGAGGAGAGAGAGAAUAUUCUUCAUGAAGGUGUUGAAUUGGAGACAUCAUCAUCUUUGAAUUCAAGGAAGAAAAACAAGAAGGUGGAGAAUAAAAGAAGGUUUAGUGAUGAACAGAUAAGGUCACUGGAAUGUAUAUUUGAGUCAGAAUCAAAGUUGGAGCCAAGGAAGAAGAUGCAGCUUGCAAGAGAUCUUGGUUUGCAGCCUAGACAAGUUGCUAUAUGGUUUCAAAAUAGAAGAGCUAGGUGGAAAUCAAAGAGGAUUGAACAAGAGUAUAGAAAACUUAAAGUUGAAUAUGAUACUUUAGCUUUGAAGUUUCAGUCUCUUAAGGAAGAGAAAGAGUCUUUGCAAUCAGAGGUUCAGAAGCUAAGUUAUAUGGUGGAAACAUCUCAUGAAGGUGGAAGGGAAGGUAAGGAGAAUAGUACAGAAGAUGGUGGAUCAGGAAAUGGAUAUAGAAACUGUAUAGCUGAAACAAAGGAAAGGUUUUCAAAUGAGGGUUUGGAGGACAGAAUGGUAAUUUACUCAGAUGAUCAAGAUGAAAGAGGUUUAACAAGGACUGAGAAAGUUGAUGACAGAGAGAAUCAGGUUUUGAGAAAUGAAGAAAUUCCUUUGACAGCACUUGAAAAAUGGUACAAUGUUGAUCCAAGUGUUAUCUUAGACCAGUCAUGCAGUAGUUCUCAAUGGUUGGAUUUUUGGACUUAGAACAAAAUUGCAUUGCACCAUGUUCUUCUAUGUUGCAAUGUUUUGUGUUUGAUAGAAGAAAGAACAAAGAAUGGCUCAAAAAAACAUGCAUGUUCAAGAAGAAUGUCUCCAAUCUCAAAAAUGAAGAAGUUUUGUAGGCUUUAGAGAAUUAUGAUAGCCUCAUACAGUUUUCAUUUGUUUAGAGAUUUGGAAGAAGAUGAAGAUGAUGAAGAAAUAAUGUAAAAAUUCUCUGUUUUUAUGCAAUGCACAUGCUUGCAUGAAUUUUCCAACCAUUUGCUUGUGUCAGUGUGAGCGUGUGUUUUUCCUUUCUGGUUUUCUAAUCUUAGAUUUGUCUUUUUUUUUAUAACUUUAGAUAUCACCUUGUUGAUUUGUAUGAUCAUUGUAACUUAUGACUUGGAUACACAUAUGACAUAGGUUCAAAAUAAAUAUUGCUUGACUUUAUGAAGAAA